UUGUAAGAAAAAGAAGAAUGUCGCUCAAACCAUAAUAUAUGAACUAAAUCAUCGAAAAUGCUUAAUGAUAGCAAGAUAAGCUGUCAUCACAGUUAUAUCAAUUGCUACAGAAAUAGGGAAUGGUGAUCAAUAGAAGUCAUAACCUAUGCUAGGGCAAAGGUGAUAGAAAAUAGAAAUUUGUUUUGAUUUUAGUUACAACAAUGUUUAAGUUAGAGUCUUACAUCAGCCCCCUGUUAAUGGGUUAUGUUGACAAGUAUGUCAAACUUCGACCUGAAGAUUUUCAAUUGUCAUUAUGGGGUGGUGAUGUCGUUCUCAAUAAUCUUGACCUUCGUUUGGAUGUCAUAGAAAAGGCUAUUCAUCUCCCUAUUGUCUUCAAAAGUGGCCAUAUUCAUGAGUUACGUAUCCAUGUGCCGUGGACAAAACUGGGAUCUGAACCUGUUGUGAUAACAAUAAACACAAUUGAAUGUAUUCUAAAAUUAAGAGAAAGUCCUUAUGAAGGUAGUAGCAAAGGACCAAAGUCUGACUUACGGAGGUCAAAAUCAAGGCCAUCAUUGAAACCAAGGAAACAGGGUGAAGAAGAUCUGCCACCAGGUUAUUUACAAAGUUUGAUGAAUAAAAUUGCCAACAAUGUUAGUAUCAUCAUCAAUAAUCUAAUUGUUAAGUUUGUUGAGGACGACAUUGUUUUAUCUUUAAACAUAAAAUCAGCGGAGGUAUAUAGUGCAGAUGAGAAGUGGGAUAGAGACUUUAUAGAGUUAUCUCCCCCUCAGUUAGUGUUAAGGAAGGCCAUCAACCUGUGUGAUCUGACAGUGUGCCUUGAUAAAUGUGAUCAGAGUGGUAAGAUAGAACAUUAUCAGGAUCCACUGAUCUACAGGUGCUCCGUCACAGGGAGGUUAUACGCCAAGUACGAUUCUGUUAAUGCCAAGCGGGCGAGCGUAACAAAGUUUGACCUGUUCUGUGAACAUUUAGACGUAUCAUUGACGGAUACACAACUUCCAAUGUUUGAGAGACUAAUAGAACUAUGUAUGGCAUUGUAUUAUGGUACAUUAGAUCCAGCCAAGAAAGACGAGGGACAUGAUAGUACUAGUACUGUUUAUGAAGAAGACAGCAGUAUAACUAUCGAAGAGGAAUCUGAUACUUCAUCUGAGUUAGAUCAACAGGGAUGGAGUCAGUGGAUGUGGUCUUAUGUACCUCAGAUCUUACCAGAGAAUGAGGAGGAGGGGGAGUCAGAUGAUACUACAACAAGGAAAAAACCUCAGCCUCCCACUCUAUCUAUUGGGAUGUAUGGACAUAAAAUAUCUGUUAUGUUUAAGUUGACUGAAAAACUGAGAGAAAAAGUGCAUUAUGGUCCCCAGAAGAUAGCGUUUCGCCCUUUUGUAUUACUGGAGGGAGAAGGUAUAGCUGUAGACAUACUAGUGAAAGGUCUGGCAUUCUUUGAUGCACAAGUUGGAAUAACACAUCUCAACAUGUUGUGUCAGGGACAGUGUAUCUGUGGAAUAAAAGAUGAUGCAGAUACAAAGGAUAAUCAAUCUCCACCCAACAUAAAAGAAGUCUGUUAUUAUGGUGGAGGAAGCCAAAGUACUAGGAGAGAACAACCGGGUCACUUUGUGGAAACAGAGAACCAGAGAGAUAUCAGAAGAUUGAUCUCCAGGUCAAAGUUGGGGUCAACUUUGACCAACCCAGGCCUCCAAAGUACCCAUUCUAGUUUAAACUCCGGUCUGGGUACCAGAGAUGUGUGUGAGAAGAGCUCUGUGAUGGUACAAGGUGGAAACAGUUUACAGGACAAAACAGAGGCUAAUUACUAUUCAAAUUCUCUGUUUGAUAAAUCUUCACCAGCCAAUCAGAAUGAGCCAUUACAGUUAGCCCUGGAUAGUGAGACACAUGCUGAGAUCUAUACAGAACAGUAUAGUCAGGUCAAGUUUGGGGCAUUCUUCUUUGACUAUCUGUAUGUAAUGGCUGAUACAGAAGACAAAACUCAAGGAAAAGGAACCAGUGUUUCAUCUGUUUCAGACAUCACAGAAACUUUAUUCAUGAAAGAGACGUCACUGAUACGUUUUAUUAUUGGUCCGUGUCAGAUAAAUGCUUCCUCUUCAUCAGUACACAGGUUCAGGAAGAUACUGGCUUGUGCAUAUAAUUAUAAUUAUGAACCUUACUACAAAGGAAAACCGGAAAAUGUUAAUGAAAGUCGACCACAUCCAACAGAGGAGCAGAUAAAGAUCUUAGAGGAAUUCAUUCCAACAAAAACAUUCCAUAUAAGUCUUCUACAACCAGUCCUAAAUGUAUACUAUGCUGAGCAUCCAUCCUGUGAUAUACCCAAGAAAUCUUAUAAAACUGUUCACCAUCAAAAGGGAUCUAAGACAACAGAACAUGAAACAGUAGACAUCCUUCCAUGUGUCCACCUGACAUCAGCUAGAUUAGAAUAUCAAGUGACAAGCUCCAUGUAUCCACGGAAACUGGUACAACUAAUAAGCAAGAUGGCAGCACCAUCUAGUAAUCUUUUACAUCACUGUCACGCACACACACAGAUAAAGUUAUUUGAUUUCUCUGCUGGUCUUGUAACCAAGGAUACAAAGGGAGAUAAAUCACAUGUUGUGACAGUUAUUCCCCCUUGUAGUGGAGCUCUAUAUACUAGGAAACUUCAACUUACAAUGUACUGGACAAAUAGCCACCUUCCGAAAGUAGAAAAGAUGUAUGAGCUCCCAGAAAUCUCAAUUAAUUUAAACAAAGCUAAUCUCCUAUUGAUACUUGAGAUCUACCAAUCAUGGACACAGAAUACACCAAGGCCAACAGAUAUCAACACAAACAGUCUAAUGGAGGAUGUGUUCACUAUAGAUGACAACCAAGCUGUGUUACCGUUACUUGAGGUGAAUGUUAAUGGUUUUGAGAUGAAGCAGUGUGUCACAUCACUAGUAACAGCUUAUACAGGGACCCUCUCAUCGGUUCAAGUUAUUUUGUAUGAUAUACAGGCUGGUUCUAUAAUCCCUGUUGUUUGCUGUCCUGCCAAUACAAACAAGCUUACAUCUACAGAGUACUUUAGGAACCCCUCUCCUCUGACUGAAGAUAAGAAUGACUUCCUAACAUUCACCAUACAGUUACCCCAUGAAAAGACAGUAUCUGAUGUGCCAAGCUUACUGUUACUAAAUACAGAGGGUGUUAUAUGUGCUAUAGAUCCAUCUUUGUCAGACUGGUUUGAGUAUAGACCAAAGAAGAAAGAAACAUCAACAGAGCACAAGAAAGAACCUGUACAAGUUGAUCAAGCUAUUGCCCAGGCAGCUUUUCCAUUGCAACAUAUGUCUCAAGCUUCCAGUACUGGAUCCGUAGCAUUAGAUACAACAUCCUUCACCAAGACUAAAACACAUUCCAGAAACAGAUCUACAUCUCAGAAACCCACCAAUAAGAAAUCAGAUACAAAGGUCAAAGAUCAGUGGGGUGAAAAAUUGGCAGCCAUGUUUCCUUUACUGAGAAUGCUUCAAGUACAUAUAGAGGUUAAAAGUUGUGCUAUAUUUAUCCACCAAUCACCUUUACAUCUGACAGAACCCAGUGUAGACAUUUCUCAGAAUCUGAUGUCAGCCAUUACAUCUAAUAUGUUACCUCCCACUUUAGUGGUCUGUCUACCACAGAUUCACAUUACUAGUUCUGGUAUGAAAUCCACUUCCUGUAUACAGGAGAUACCUGUUAAUUCUAUGGAGGGAUCAUUAGUGGGAGAGAAGUUGCCAUGGAGAAUGGUGUUGAAUCAUUUUUGUGUCCACACGAUACUCUCUAAACAGACUGUAGACACGAUACUCUCUAAACUGACUGUGGUACCAAUCAUCAAGCCUACGACUGUCAGCUGUACGAUCGGUGUCACCACAAAGUAUAACCCUCCCACGUCAGAUAAUAUAUCAUCUCUAGGACUGUGUCUACAUACUGAUAUGCAUGCUGUUGUCAUGGCAAUAUCUAAAUCUCAAAUAGUUUUAUGUAGCAGUUUGUUAAACCAACUGACAGGACUAUUUGGUAUGGUUAUGUCCCUAAUCAAAUCACUACACAAAUCAGACCACACCGUUACACCUUCAACAGACCAACCAGACUUAUCAGAAAUAGCCCUCCCAGAACCGACACCCCUAGGUCAGUCACGAGACUACACAGGGAUGACAGAAACAGAGACGUCAGAUGUCACAUCAAGAGAACCAACACCUAACCUUGACCUUGAAAAGUCACCAGACAAAGUCAAACUGUCACUAUGGUUACAAUGGACACUUCCAAAGCUGGAGUUGAGAUUUUAUAGUGAGGCUAUCACUAAAGAAAGUAGUAGAGUGACCUUAACCUUAGAUGACCUGACCUUGUCAUUAGAUGUAGAACAAGUAUAUACCAAGGCCAAGGUUAAAUGUGGGUCAUGCAAUUCUCAUAUCUAUCAUAAAAGUAAUACAAGUAACCAAUGGCUUGACGGUUCUUACCUAGGAAUACUGAUGACCUGCCAGAAGGAAAUACCACAUGACAUUCACAUAAUCUCUAACAAAAUGUGGUCAGCUGACCAACAUACUCUUUCUAACUUCCCUUCUAGAGAAACCACAACAAGGGAUGUAACUCAUAGCUUUCUCAAUUUCACUUUCACAAGAGCACUGUGUAAAAAUGUGGCCAAGAAAAUGAGGAAGUUGAACGAUGACUUAGCGGACAUGGGAAGUAUAGGGGAUGGUUCUGAGCCACAUGACCUGUAUUUCCAUAAGUAUAUAUGUGAAGUGUGUUUAACUAUUGAACCAUUUGAUUUGAUAUUCCAAGCACCUGCUGUGAACACAAUUCUGGAUUGUUUUAAUGUAUCACAAGGGAAAUCAUCUAAAUCUAAAGGAAAGAAAUCAGAAUAUGUGUUAAAGUCUAAUACACCAAAGCAGUCAUUACCGAUUCUGACAGCUGGUAACUUACCGUUAAUCUACAUCAACAUGUCAAGUGUGAGACUGCUCAUACCAAAGGUACAAAGUUCUAAUAAACAAGAGGCUGACAGCAGUCUAUCAGGGCCUGACUUACUAGACCAGGAUAUUGUGAUGGCAUGUUUCCAGUCCCUGUCUGUCGUACCUCAGGCUGAUAACCCAUUGCCCAGGCAUCCAACAGAUAAGGAGCUAUAUCAUAGAGCCCUACACGCUAACCUGACACAUCAACCUGGGUCAGCCAUAGAGAAUAGACAAUAUCAGAUAGAUGUUAAAGGCAUCUCCAUGAGUACAGGAGUACAGGUAAUAUAUCAUAGAGCCCUACACGCUAACCUGACACAUCAACCAGGGUCAGCCAUAGAGAAUAGACAAUAUCAGAUAGAUGUUAAAGGCAUCUCCAUGAGUACAGGAAGUUGGGAGGAUUUUGUGGACAGAGUGAAGCAUGAUGGGAGAUUAGUUAACCAGGCUGCUGUACAGAUACCUGCUUUAGAAUGGAAUACUGCAGACAAACAUUUCAGGAAACCUAAGGAGGAUAUAGAGUUACUGCCCUUGGUAACUGGUGUUGAUGUUAAGAUUGUAGCAGCUCCUGCCAUUGUAUACCAGCCACCAGGGGUCACUGACUGCAGUAUUUCUAAAAUUUUAGUUUGUGGACAUGCUUUAGAAAUGAACUUCACCAAUGACCUUGACAUUUAUGUCAGUACAAACCAGGUCAAGUUAUUGUCAGAGAUAACUAUACAAACAAUGGCUAAACUCAGAGAAACAAGGGAAGAUGAUCUCAUAGAAGAGACUGUCGACAGAGUGGAUUUAUCAGGAAGUGGAUCAGAAAUCCUAGUGGCGGACAGUGGAAUAGAAAGUGAUGUAUCCACUAUAACGGCUAGGAAGGUCAAGGACAGAAAUCCUGAUGUCGUCUUGACACCUCAGGAUUUAGAUAUGAGGUCAAAGGUCAUCACACCAUUAGAUAUUCUUUUGACAGCCAGUAGAAUAUCAGUGAUAACAUACACACAUAAACACAACAAAGACCAGAGACAUAAAGUAAAACUAGCCGAGACUCCAGAUCUAACGAGGACACCUUCAGGGAAGCACACGUUUAUAAAACUGGAUGUGCCUGACCCUGAGGAUACGACACAGCUGUCUCUUGAUCCAUUCCUAUAUGUUUAUAUAUCACAACCACAUACAGUGUUAUCAUGUCAUCAAGGUCAACAGAAGUUUGAAAUGUCCUGUUAUGAUGUUCUUGUCAAGGGGUCGUCUUUACGGUCAGCUCAUCUAGACAUGAAGACCAUACCAGAGACAACUGAUUUUAAUGUGUAUUGGUUUGAAACCAGACCUGGAAAACCUCAUCCAAAAACAGGAAUACCCCCAAGUCUAUAUACACUAAAAAUAGAGGACUUUCUCAUUGGUCCAGCAAUUAUACAUCUAAGAUUAGACAGGCCACUAAAAGUGAACUUCAACCUGGAUAAGAUUGACCAUGUUAAACAUUUCAUUUCUGAGAUUGUCCCUCAGACUAAAUCCUCUGAGAGACCACCCAGAACUGAGAAGACAACAACAGAGCAUGCUCCUGAUCCAUUCCAAGCAAUAUUAUCAAAAGUGAGCAAGUUUGAUCUAUAUACAGAUCAGGUUAUUGUUGCUAUGGAGACAGGAGACAAGAAUCAUGGGAUAACAGGGAGUUUAGAUUGGUUGUCAUUAGAAACUAACUUUAAUCACAAUAAGAUAGGAAAAACUAUGGAAGUUUAUAUAAAUAUGCACCUGAAGAAUGCUACAGUGAAAACUUCAUUUGAGAAGCUAUCAAGGACAUUAGUCCAGCCGUUUGGUAUUACCAUAGAAACAGAUAUACAGCUUUACAGUGACAUUGAUCAAGAUGUUACAUCACCUAGAUCUGUUGUAACCCUGACAACAGGACUGCUGUCUGUUUUGAUUGGACAAGAACAUAUCAUGUGCUUUGAUAAAAUUUUGAAAGAGCUUGCUGCACUUGUUCCUAAAAAAUCAAAGGGAGAUAAAUCUGACACAGGGGAAACAGAAAGUAAGAAAACUGGUACUAGACCAUUUACUACAGAUGAAACACAAGAUGAUCUAAGACAGGGCCAGUUCAAUUAUGUCAUUGACCAAGAUGAAAUCUCCAGUAAGUGUGAUCCAGGGGAGCUAAUCUUUUGUAACAGGGAUAAAGAUGGGAAUAGCCACAUGACCUGGUGUUACCAUCAACCUAGAGUUGUCUCCCUUGUCAAGUUUACACCAAUACCAUUUAAUGUCCCUGUUAAACAGAUGACAGAGGAGUAUGAUGAGGAACAGCUGAUACCAUGUUGUCUGCAGUAUUAUGAUCCAGCUACACACAACUUUGUUAACUACAUUGAUUUUGAGUUAUCUGAAAAUGAGGAAACAUCAUUACUGUUCCCAGAAAUCAAGGCUGAUAAUGCAAGGGACAUAACUGUGUCAUACCUCUGGAGGGUUGUGGUAUAUCAAGGAUUUAUAGAGAACUCUCAACAACAUAAGAAUGAUGAAGCUACUUUAGCCAUCUUACCGAUAUCUUUAGCUGCGGCCAUGAGAGUAGACUCGUGUUACAUAUCCACCUUAGUUCCAGUUACACAGGUCUGCUUGUCCUGUCCUGUUAUAGAAGUCAGACUACAGAAUCAUCCUCAAUACAUGGGACAAGGUAUUUAUAAAGUUAGGGGAGUGAUACCAUUAUAUCUCCAUAAGUCAGACUACAGAAUCAUCCUCAACACAUGGGACAAGGUAUUUAUAAAGUUAGGGGAGUGGUACUCUUAUAUGUUCACGUUAGUUCCAGUCACACAGGUCUGUUUGUCCUGUCCUGUUAUAGAAGUCAGACUACAGAAUCAUCCUCAACACAUGGGACAAGAUGUACCCGGGAAGUUGAAGCCAUUUAUAUUUGAUGAUACAUCCAUUGUUGACGAAGAGUUUGCUGUUGUUACAAUGAAAAACCUGAUGAUAACAGGCCAUCAACUAGUAGGAGAUCUGGCUAGAAUAUGUAUACAGGUCAGCAGUAAUGUAGGUUUGAGUGUGGUAGAAAUGAAACAUUUAACAGUCCACCCAGUGAUACCUCUAACUGAUGUUUACUGUGACGUCAACUUUCUACAACAUCUAAAGCCACCAGCCUUAGAGAGUAACUUUAAUGUUGGACCUUUGUCACUAAGUGUAGGACAGGGGACUGUUCAUACCAUUCACUGUGCUGUCAACUCAUUUUCCCAGAUAACUAAGCCUAGUGAAGAUAGAAUGGUUUACAGCCAGUUUGUUAUUUGUAAUGAUACAAGUCACACGGUCAGGUUUGGUCAGGUUGGCACAGAAGAAAAUAUUCUGCUACAUUCCAGACAAAUGAACUGCUAUAGUUGGAGAUCUCAAAAAACCAAACAGGAGCUACACAUGUGUUUGGAUGGUAAGAUAUGGAAAUGGUGUGAAGCAUUUGACUUAGAUACCAUUGGUACAGUGGUCAGAGUUGUUAAAACUAUAGACAGACGAUAUACAGUUCUAAUUCAGAUAAAACAAAUCUCUAACUCACAGAAACAGAUUAUAAUAAAAGGACAGUUUUUAUUGGCCAACAGACUAUCAUGUGACCUAGAUAUAGAAAUGCACUCACCAUCAUUAGAGUCAGGAAAAGUUGCAGAUAUGUUGCCAGGGGCAACAGCUUCCCACACAUAUGUCCUUGAACUUGAUGAAAACAUUAUGAUGAAGGUCAGAAGGAAAGGGAAGACUUUAUCCUGGUCAAAGGACAUACUGAUCUCCAAAGAUAAAGUUCCCUCUAGUCAAAUGAUUUAUAUACCAUGUGUACAGGAGUCUUACAUUCAUGUGUGGUGUCAUGUAUAUGAACAGAUUACCAAAGGAGCAUCCAGACUACUGGUGAUGUUUUGUCCUCUGUUUGUCCUGAGAUCACACUUGCCCUGUUCUCUGUUUGUUUCCAUGGCGAUACCAAACCUUGGGAAGAAAAAGGAAGUGGAAAUGGCUGGCAAAGGGAGAUCACUACAGCUAGAACUAUUGGGUGAUGCUAAAUAUGAUCUGAGUUUUAAAUUGAGGUCAGAUACUGACAAAGUUGACCCUGCAUUGACCUUGACCCCUGAGCUUAUUAACCAGGUUGAGAGGAAAGAAACUAAAAAAUGUGAUUUUGAUAAGAUGUUGGCUGUGAUGAAUGACCAGUGGUCAGAUAAAUGGCCAUACACAGGAUACUCUAUUAGUGAUGAAAGUCAGUUACAGAAACAGCCAGCCAGUGAACUAAGUGACCUUGACCUAUCAUUACCUAGUAUUGACCUGAGUCUGACCUUGACAGAGUUUUGGCCUGGAUGUAGUACAGUGCUUAUUGAUGUGUGUCCAUGGUGUUUAUUGACCAAUCACAGUACAUUAGAUCUAGUAUUUAUAGAUUCUAGUAAAGCAACAUGGCCACUUCCUCAAGGAAAGACAUUUAGUCCUCCUAAACUUCAGUCAUCAUUUAGUAUUGGUAUAGUUAUAAAUGGUAAUCUCCACCAUGGAGGUGAGAUAUGUCUAUCCGAGGAGGCUGUAGCGGACCAGAGGUAUAGACAGGACCUAGGUAAAACCCUGUACAUAGAUGGGUAUGCUCAGACACAGAUAUUGAUGACAUCACAUCAAAACAUGCACGUAUACUUCCUAACCCUGCAGUCUAAGAUGGUGAAUGGUAUGAGAGUUGUUAAUGUCAGAGAGACGUACUGUAUCAGUAACCAUACCUCCAUUGAUCUGUUGCUGUCACAUCACAGUCUACAGCCCUGUCCACAGAAGUUUUCUGUAAAAUGUUCUGAUGACAACAUCAGGUAUUUACAGUCAAAGUCUACUGAAACUACACCACUACCUUCCUGGGCAGGCUACACCAUGGAGGACACAUCAAACAUUGAUAUCAGCUUUGUAAACUAUGUUAUGAUUAGACAACAGACAACCAAUCAGAAUACUGCAUCUGCAGAUAGAACUAACGCCAAUAAUGAUUGGUCAUUCCCAGUUAGACUUGUAGCCAAUGAAAAACCAGGAAGAGUAACAGUGUCUAUUCCAGUUAAGACAGACACUGUGAUGUCAGUUCCUCUAUGCAUUGUGGGUCAAACAAGGAAUGGAGUCAGUUACUUUAUAGUAAAAGAAGAUAAUUCACCGUCAUGUUUACUGUAUAACUUUACCCCUGUACCAAUAGUCUAUGGUUAUCAGAAUAUCUCCAUUUCUAGAGCAGGGUACACAACACAAGAGGAAGCUGAACUGACAGAUAUUUUACCCACAAUUCCUCCAAAUCAACAUGUGUUUUAUACACCUUCCUCUACAAACCGGCAAUUCCUAUUAUCCAUUGGCGACUCAGGUUUACCAAAGAUUCAUGUAGGUGUUCAGCAAGCUUUGGAAACUGAUGAAUCAAAUACAGAGAGUAAACACUCAAGUGACCAAGAUUCUGGAGUGUCAUGGAGUGAUCCUCUGGAUGUUAAUGAAGAAAUGGAGAGAUUUAUCUCAAUCCCUAACAAUAUGAACUUGAAAAUCAAGGUCAUUAAGGUUUCCAUGGUGACUCAUGUUGUUAUAAAUGCAGCAAACAAAGCUGAAGUUUCCGCAAAGGAAAUAAGGAAUAAAAUUGGCAAGGUCACAACAAUGGAAAGUCAUCCCUCAUCAGACGAUACCAAUCUCAGCAUCAGAGAAUAUGAUGUUAGUGUUCCUAAACAAGAUGUGUUCAUACAUUCCAAUUCAAUCACUAGAAACUUAGAACUGUAUAUUAGUUUACACUUUCAUCACUUUUGUCUUAUUCUACAAGAUGAAACAAGUUCAAACAAUGAAAUCACCGAGGUAAUCCGUGUGUCAUGUGACCAUCUAUUUUUAGCACAUUAUCCAUUGAUUGAAGGAUUUGAUGAUGAUAGUCCAAGUCAUGAUUGCUAUUCAAUAUCAGCAGAAAACCUUCAAGUAGACAAUCAGUUGUAUACUACCAAAGGGCUUUAUGACUUCCCUGUAAUAUUUGCACGUCAGGAACUUAAAUCUAAAGACAAGGAUUUCCUUGUAGAAUUCCACUCCAUGAACCUUUCAGAAAAGUUAGCUGUGAUAAAAUCCAGAAGUUUUGCUCACAUUCAAGUUGUCAUGGAAACUGAUUGUUUGAGUCACUCAUUAGUUAAAAGUGUUGAGAUUGCUAUGGAACCAGUCAUAGGCAAUGUAGAUGAUAGAUUUGUGUAUCGAAUGUUAGAGGAAGUCGAAAAACUUCUACCAACUUCUCUUCAAGACAACAAGAAAGGUCUAAAAGAAAUAACCAGACUACCGCAAGCUUUAAAAGUGAUGUCACAUGGUCUAAGUUCACCAAUCAGAAUAGAGCAUUUAGUGAUACAUCCCUGUUCUUUAUUGAUAAGUGUCCAUGCCUCAUUGAAGGUAUUUAUAGCGUCUGACAAGACUCCGCUGUCGUUUGGGAAGUUUGAGAAAAAGAAUGUGAACUCUACAGCCCACCAGCUGACUCGAGUACUAGCCAUGCAUUAUGCUUCAGGAGCCUUGUUUAGAGCAGGUAUUGUGGUCGGAUCUUUGGAGAUAUUGGGAAACCCAACAGGUUUAGUCAGAUCUAUAGGCUCUGGUGUAGCAGACUUAGUACGAUUACCCUAUGGUGGCCUCACACAAGGACCAGGAGCAUUUGUAUCUGGGGUAUCAUCAGGGAUGUCGUCCUUUGUCAGGAAUAUUUCUUCAGGAAUGUUGACCUCUGUUACAAACUUUGCCUCAAGUGUUUCCCGUAACAUGGAACGACUAUCAAUGGACGACACACAUAGAGAAAGACAGGAAGAGAGAAGGAGACAACAUCCAGAGGGGUUGACUAGUGGACUUAAAAAUGGUCUAACAGGAUUUGGAAUGAGUCUUUUAGGUGCUGUUGCAGGUCUAGCUGAUCAGCCAUUACAAAAUCUGAUGUCACGAAGUGAGAGUGAAGGUCAAAGGUCAGCUGCCACAGAAUUAGUGUCCGGGGUUGGAAAAGGACUUGUGGGAGUGUUUACCAAGCCUAUUGGUGGAGCUGCAGAAUUCUUUUCACAGACAGGUCAAGGAUUAUUGUAUGGUACUGGAUUAUCUGGGAACAUCAUAAAACCCUGCUAUCCUUCUGACAACUUGGUUAUUAGUGACAUGUGCAACAGUCGACUAAAAUAUGUCAGGAAAUUACUACAGUGCCUUCCUAAGUGUCAACUACAGUCUUCUUUAUUGGCUAAUUAUCUGGAUGUCAUGGAUACAGAGGUCAAGGUUGAACUUCUAUUGACUAAUGAACUGAUGAUUAUGAUCAGUAUAGAUGAUGACAGUCAGCAACAAGCAUUCUCAUUGGUAGAACUGGAGGUUAAAGUUGAGCCAGAUAAUCCUCAACUGAUAACAUUUGUGUGGAGAGAUUCCUUCCAUCAAGACGUGCCUCAGGUGUCUGUAGGCCGUGUAAAGACUGAAAAAGAAAACAAAGAUCGAGUAGCUGCCUUUAUUGACGGAACAUCAGAAUUUGUCAGACCAGAUAUUUCUCUCAAAUUAAAUCUCAAUCCAGCCAAUGAAAUAUCAGAUUUUCCACAAGUGUCCCCAUCAGAAUCUGUAGAAUCCGGAGAAGACAGUCGACCAAUAUCACCAUCAUUGUCUAAUACAUGUAGACCUAGCUUGGCUCCAGAAUAUCAUUUCCUUGUAGACCCAUACUCUAAAGAUGUGUUUAUUGCAAUUUUCAAUGCUACUAAACUGAAAUUAUCCGGGAAAGGGUUCAUUUUGUAAAGUAAAAAUGUUAAAAGACAAACUUAUAUGUACAAUUUUUUUUUAUACAUAAGAGAUGCAUUGUGAUUUUAUAAGCUGAUCAAUUGAUGGGCUCUGUUUUGUUCAUAUUAAAUAUUCCAUUAAUUUUCAAAGUUUUGUGCAGAUGUUUUUUAAGCACCACAUGGCAAGAAUGGGGGAGACAAAAAUUUAUAUCAGAAUAUAACUGUUAAGAUAAUGUUUGUAUGUUUGUAUUUGUUUAUUAAUUAUGUUUAUUUAUUUAAUAAUGUUGCUAUAUGUUUUUGCUUUCUAUGCAGUGAUUGUAUAUUUUAUGUUAAUGUGAUUUUGAUGAGUUGAUUCUUUAGAAGGAACAUUCAUUGUUGGUU